GGUCCCAGAUGUUAAAUGAAUUCUGUGUCGCCUGCUUCAGUACAAUACCUGAAUCACGAUGAGCUGCCCCACGCCGACGGACAGCAGCUCUUUAGCGCCCGGGCCGGCAGCAGCCAUGUGGGGGGCUCUGCCCACGGCCAGCACAGCGAGCUGGACGAAGUGGACAAGAUUAAGUGUAAAGUCCUUUCUGUCUGGAACAAAGUGAAGUAUGGUUGGACAGUCAAGAGCAAAACCAAUUUCAGCAAGCUCUCCCCGGUCUACCUCUUUGGCUACAUUUACCAUUUUGAACGAGAGGAGGACGUGGAGCGUUUCCAGAAGGACUUUGCGUCCCGCGUCUGGCUGACCUACCGGAGGGAGUUUCAGCAGCUGGAGGGCACGACGUGGACUACGGACUGCGGCUGGGGCUGCAUGCUGCGGAGUGGGCAGAUGCUGCUGGCCCAGGGACUCCUCGUCCAUUUCCUUGGCAGAGACUGGACCUGGUCAGAUGCCUUACUCGUCAACCAGUUGGCUGAGACGGAACCUGGGAAAAGUUCCUCUUCAUCCCGCCCCGGCACUGCCCUCCUGCCUCAGACGCCUCCCCUCCCAGCUCAUAGGGGCAGGGCCCCCUCAGACCCCCAGAGCCCCCCGCGCCCCUGCAGCCCCGACGAACGGGAGAAGGAGCGCCGUCACCGCAAGAUCAUCUCGUGGUUCGCGGAUCGGCCAGAAGCACCUUUUGGGAUCCACCAUCUCGUUGACCUCGGGCGCAGUUCGGGGAAGAAAGCCGGGGACUGGUACGGGCCUUCUAUCACAGCCCACAUUGUGAGGAAAGCCGUGGAUUGCUGUUCGGAAGCGGGAAGCCUGGCUGUGUACGUGUCUCAGGACUGCACAGUGUACAAAGGGGACGUGGAGAACCUGGCCAGCAGGAACCAAGGGAGGGCAGCGUGGGACUCCUGCGCAGAGUGGAGCGCGGUCAUCAUCCUGGUGCCCAUGCGCUUGGGCGGGGAGAACCUCAACCCUGCCUACGUGGACUGUGUUAAGGAGCUUCUGAGGCUGGAUUCCUGCAUCGGGAUCAUUGGCGGAAAACCCAGGCACUCUCUGUACUUCGUCGGAUAUCAAGAUGACUUCCUCCUUUACCUGGACCCUCACUACUGCCAGCCCUUUGUGGACACCACCCAGGAGGACUUCCUCUUGGAGUCCUUCCACUGCAACUUCCCCCGGAAAACGGCAUUCAGCAAGAUGGAUCCCAGCUGCACCAUUGGUUUCUACGCCCGUCACAGCGGCGAGUUUGAGCGGCUGUGUUCGAAGCUGAUCCAGGUCCUGAACUCCGCAUCCGUCAAAGAGAGGUACCCCAUGUUCUCAGUCGUGGAGGGCUGUUCCCAGGCGUACGGCUUGGAUGAACAGGGCUCCCAUUUCUCCCAGCAGACGAAGCAAACCCAGCGUUGCACCAAGCGGGAGAGGGCGAAAAAGCCCACCGCGGAGGAGUUUGUCGUCUUAUGA